UACCCGGCACAUAAUGGGCAUCAUGGAGCUGCUGCUGGGCUCUGCCGCAAUGAUUGGCUGCACGGUGCUGCUGUGCGAGUUGCUCCGCCAGGUAUUCCGGAGGACCCUUCCCGCCGGUCUGGGACUGGAGCUGGCAAUGGAAGCAGUGUCCACUCUGCAGCUGUGCUGCUGCACCAGGGAGAACGCCCUCCUGGGCACUAGGGCCGCUUUGCAGCUCUGGCUAUCCCUGACGCUCACCUACCUCAUGACUGUGCUGCACUGCCUGACCUGCCGGACAGCCACCUGCAACCCCUGCGGCAGUUGGGAUCAGUGGCUCCGGGGACUGGUGCGGGGGCCGCGCAUCCUCCUCCGAGUGAUGGCGCAGUUUGCGGGCGCUGCGCUGUCCCGGGUCCUGGUGCCCCGUCUCUGGGCGCUGGGACUGUCGCCGCUGCACGAGCUGGGCGAGGACUGUGAGAGCUUCCUGCAUACGACCCUCCUGUCCGGGGCCUUGGUGGAGAUGGCCUGUUCCCUGAGCCUGUACCUUGUCCUGCAUCUGUUCCCCCCCGUCACCGCCGCUCUCCGGCCGCACGUCGUGGCCGCCACCAUCACUGCCAUCGUCUAUGCAGGUGCACCCUUGUCCGGAGCCAUCUUUAACCCUGCCCUGGCCUUUGCGGUUGUGUUCUUGUGUCAUGGUAACACCUACCUGCAGUACAUCUUUGUCUACUGGAUUGGACCACUUAUCGGGACAGCGAUAUCCUUCUUGGUAUUGGUGUACAUUCUUCCAAAAUUCAAACUGAGUAAAGUAUCUCCAGAACGGGUGAAGAAGGACUAGGCUCUCCCUGGAGUUUGUGCAAUCACGG